GCCAGUAGGCUGGCAGUGCUGAGGGGACUCGUCCUCACCGACCUGCCGUCAGUGCGCCUGCGUGCGGUCUAAGCGCCGCGGUUCUUGACUCUGCUGCGCCGGGUGCUGGUUGUAGCCAUGCAGGGAGCAGACUCGGGCCAGCCCUUCAAGCGGCCCCGACGCGACGGCAGCCCAAGAACUCCGCCAAACAUCCCUUCCGCCGCAGCGGAAAGGUCCCCGGACUCCAAACUCCACCGCGACCACCAGACCUGGGACCCGGAGGAGGUGUGCUGCUUCCUAAAGCGCUGUGGCUUCAGUGAUCCCGGACUGCUGGAACGCUGGCGAGGACAUAAAAUCACAGGUUCAAUACUGCUCCGUCUUAAUGAGUCUGAUCUUGAAAGUCUUGGAAUAAGUACCUUGGGUGACAGAAAGAAGCUGUAUAAUUCUAUCCAACAGCUGAGGGAAAUCCAUGUUGAUGCAAUGAAGGUAAUUAAUGAUCCUAUCCAUGGCCACAUUGAACUCCACCCUCUCCUCAUCCGAAUCAUCGACACACCUCAAUUUCAGCGGCUUCGAUAUAUCAAACAGUUGGGUGGCAGUUACUAUAUUUUUCCAGGCGCUUCGCACAAUCGAUUUGAGCACAGUCUAGGCGUAGGGUAUCUAGCAGGAUGUCUGGUUCGUGCACUACGUGAAAAACAACCAGAGCUGCAGAUAAGUGAACGAGAUGUGCUCUGUGUUCAGAUUGCUGGCCUUUGUCAUGAUCUCGGUCAUGGGCCAUUUUCUCAUAUGUUUGAUGGAAGAUUUAUUCCACUUGCUCGCCCAGAUGUGGAAUGGACGCAUGAACAGGGCUCAGUGGAGAUGUUUGAGCACCUAGUUAAUUCUAAUGGAAUCAAAGCUGUCAUGGAACAUUACGGUCUCAUCCCUGAAGAAGAUAUUUCCUUUAUCAAGGAACAAAUUACAGGACCACUUGAAUCACCAAUCAAAGAUUCUUUGUGGCCAUACAAAGGGCGUCCUAAGGAGAAAAGCUUCCUUUACGAGAUCGUGGCCAAUAAAAGAAAUGGCAUUGAUGUGGACAAAUGGGAUUAUUUUGCCAGGGACUGCCAUCAUCUUGGAAUCCAAAAUAACUUUGAUUACCAGCGCUUUAUUAAAUUUGCCCGUGUUUGUGAAGUAGAUAAUAGGAAGCGUAUUUGUACUAGAGAUAAGGAGGUUGGGAAUCUGUAUGACAUGUUCCACACCCGCACCUCUUUGCACCGCAGAGCUUAUCAACACAAAGUUGGCAACAUCAUUGAUACAAUGAUUACAGAUGCCUUCCUGAAAGCAGAUCCCUACAUAGAGAUUAUAGGUGCUGAAGGGAAAAAGUAUCACAUUUCCACAGCGAUUGACGACAUGGAAGCCUUCACUAAGCUAACAGAUAACAUUUUCCUGGAGAUUUUGUAUUCUUCUGAUCCCAAACUGGAGGCAGCGCGAGAGAUUUUAAAAAAAAUUGAAUACCGUAAUCUGUACAAGUUUGUGGGUGAGACUAAACCAAAGGGAACAACAAAGAUCAAAAAGGAAAACUAUAAAAACCUUUCAAAAGCUCUUGCCGAUGCUAAACCUGAGGACAUCUUUAUAGAAACUGAACUGAAGGCUGAAGAUUUCAUAGUGGAUGUUAUCAACAUGGAUUAUGGAAUGGAAGACCAGAAUCCUAUUGAUCAUGUUCGCUUCUAUUGUAAGAGUGACCUCAGCAAAGCAGUCAUGAUUACUAAAGAUCAGGUUUCAGAGCUUUUGCCAGAGAGGUUUGCCGAGCAGCUAAUCCGCGUAUACUGCAAGAAGACUGAUUCAAAGAGCUUGUUUGCUGCAAAGCAGUACUUUGUUCAUUGGUGCUUAAUCAAUGACUUCACCAAGCCACAGGAUGGUGAUGUUGUGGCCCCACUUAUAACACCUCGAAAACUGGAGUGGAAGAAUACGGAUUCAGCCCAGAGCCCAGCUCACCUCCAAAAAGUAUCCAAAUUGAAAGCCCGGCUUUUUACAGAUGACUCUGUGUGAAUGUUUGCAACCAGUUGUUUACGUAAAGUCCUCCUCCCCAUCUCCCAACAGUAUUAACUAAUUUAGGGAAUUCAGUCAUGAACUCUACAGAUUUGUGACGACUAGUGUUUUUUACAUUUUGAAUGUAUACCCAUGCUGAAGCUAAGUAGUUUUUAUCUGAAGAAACAAAAAUGAGGCAACUCUUGCUCUACAUGCUAUGUAGAGCCUAUUUUAACAUUAGCUAAAGCCUUUCUCCUUUAUAGUCUAUUUUCAUAGAAUAAUUAGUUUUUUUUAUGUACUCUGAACUCUGACAUAAUGAUUGUUUUGUUUUUUUUUAACAAAAGUUUGGAAAUGAGAUAAGGUGCACAUUGAAGUUUGAAGUUGGGAUUGUCAUAAACAGCCAUAGUUAAGAACAAAACAUAAAAUCCUAGCCUCUUGAGGAGGUACCCAUCACCUCAAAUUUGAGGAAAAUUCUUAAGUGAUCUAAAUAUUAGUGAAAGACCUUCCCUCACCCUUUUAACCAGGUUGGACUAAACAGCAGGAGAUGAGGGCGACAAGUGAGCUCCACCUCUUGGGUGAGAGUUCUGAUUAAUUAUUUUAAAAUAUCUGAGGACUCUGGCCCCCUCUGAAGUGGGACAUAAGAUUGCCUCUCAGGAGACCUCUACCCCCAGUGGCAGAGGGAUUCCCCAAACCAGGCUG